UUCAGAUUCAAUCUGAUGAUAUCUCUGUUACUGAUUGCUGUAUCAAUGCUAGUAGGAGUGUUAGAUUUGACUACAAAAAUGAAACAAAGUUCUACCCCUACAAAAACUUUUUUUGUGACACAAAUGAACUUUGUCCAAAUUCUUCAUUUCCUACAAGAAUCAUCAAGGUAGGACCUGAUUUUGAUAGACUUAGUCCUGCUGAUUCAAAUUGCUCAAUGCUGAUCAAUAAUGAGAACAUGAGUGUACCUAUGGGGGAAAUAUGGGGCAAUGAUAUAAUUUUACCGACCCAAUCUAGUGCUGGAAACAAUACAAUUAGAUUUAACCUUAAAAUGGAUGGAUGUGUUCGACCCCUUCCUGUUAAUUCUGCUCCCAAUCCUGUCCUCCUCUCUAUGAUUACUGAUCAAAAUGAAACACGUCAUUUAGCUUACUAUGCACCAGUUGGUAGCAAUAAUUGGACAUCAGCUACUACUGGGGAUUUAUCUCUGAACAAUAUUUCUAUUUAUUCUCCUAGAUCUCAUGAUGAUGUGACUUUUAUUGAGAUUGAUAUUAAUGACACUAUUGAAGGAUUUUUAUUAGUAUGGACACAGUACCACUAUAUACCUAAUGGGGAACAUUGGACUGUAGCAUUGAGAAGGAAUAAUAAUACUUUUAUUAAUGAACAACAACUUCAUUGCUACAGUAAUGGCAAGCCAAAUGGUGAUAAUAAUUGGAUAUCAAUGAAAGGUGGGGAUGGUUCUUCUCCUCGUGCUGCUAGUUUAUGUUUUAAAAGAAAAGGUUGUAAUGAUGCUACAUGUCCAAACUUCACUAUUCCGAUUAACCCAGUUUCAUCUUCACCUAAUGUUGCUCAUGAUAGUAUCACUUGUAUAUCUAGUGAAAUGACUACCUCACCUAAUGGUUGUGAUCCUUCAAGCACUUCUAUUGUGCAUAUUUCUACUAUUGAUACUUCCGAACCUUUUAUUCCAACCAGUACUCCUGUUACUGACCCUCCUGAUCUGUCUAUUCUAACCAGUGUUCCUAUUACUUCAAUCAGCACUUCUACUCUAAUCAGCACUUCUACUUCAAUCAGUACUUCUACUCCAAUCAGUACUUCCACUUCAACAGCUACUUCAACUUCAACAGCUGCUUUUACUUCAACAGCUACUUCUACUUCAACAGCUACUUCUACUUCAACAGCUACUUCAACUUCAACAGCUGCUUUUACUUCAACAGCUACUUCUACUUCAACAGCUACUUCUACUUCAACAGCUACUUCUACUUCAACAGCUACUUUUACUUCAACAGCUACUUCAACUUCAACAGCUACUUUUACUUCAACAGCUACUUCUACUUCAACAGCUACUUUUACUUCAACAGCUACUUCUACUUCAACAGCUACUUCUACUUCAACAGCUACUUUUACUUCAACAGCUACUUCUACUUCAACAGCUACUUCUACUCCAAUCAGUAGUUCUACUUCAACUAGUACUUCUAUUACUCCAAUCAGUAUUUCCAGUAGUUCUCCUAAGCCAUCAUGUACACCUAUUGAUGUAUGGCCUGAGACACAGGCUGGAGAGAUUGCUAGAGGAACAUGUAAAAAAGGAAUAUUUAAUGCUACAAGACAUUGCAGAGAUGAUGGUACAUGGGGUAUGAUGAUCAAUUGUAGUUCUUCCGAAUCCUUUGAUAGAAUAUCUAAUGAAGCUAUGAAUAAUCCUGCAGGUGCUCUUAACUCAUUAAAUGGUACAUUGAGUAAUAUUAGUGUUAAUGAAGCAGCUGUUCUUCUGAAUAUAAUAUCAAAUUUUUUACAAAACUUUACGAAAGCCCAGACAGGGACAGCUUUAGGUAUUGUUGGUGGAAUAUUUGAUGCAAUUAGAACUGAUAGUCCACAGGAGGAAAGGAAUGUUGGUAGUGAAUUGGUAAUGACAAUGGAUAAUAUUACACUGAAAUUACAAGAACCUGAUGUCAGUAUCUCAAUUGGAUCCAUUGGUAUGAAUACAUGA